CUGACGUCACAGGGACCCCGGACCCGGCGUCGCUCUGUCAGCAGCUGUGGCAUCGGUGUGUGUGUGUGUGUGUGUGUUUUGAGUGUUUUUGGGGACACUUUUCUUCACCCUCGUGUUGUUUCGUGUGAUUUUAUCACAGGUAAGUUCAUUGGAAAACACGUUCUUACGAGUUUGACUCGGGUUUCGAGUCAAACUCGGAUGUUUUAGCUUAGUUUUUUAUGAUCGUAAAGUUAGCCGGGCUAGCUAGGUAGCUUUCAAGAUGGCCGCCGUGCAACAAAAACAAACGCUUCAAAAUCAACGAAGACGUUCGUUGUAAAGUAAACACAGUGAUUUUAAUGUUCCGUAACAUUCACACUAAACUCACUAAACUCAGUAAACUCAGUAAACGUGUGAUAAUGUGCUUGUUUAGAGUGUGUGUGUGUGUGUGUGUGUGCGUGCAGCCCGCAGCGAUGACACCGCCGCUGCAGCUGCUGUUAUCCACAGGAGGAAGAGGAAGAGGAAGGAGGUGAUGAUGAUGAGGAAGAGGAGGAGGAGGAUUACACGCAGUUAGCUGACGGAGCGACAGAGCCGAGCCCAGACUCGGUGUGUGAGCCGACAACCGGAGCAGGAGCGGGGACACGGAGAGGCGAAGAUGCCGCGGAGGAAACAAUCCAACCCUCAGCCGGUGAAACUGGAGUCGGAGGACGGGGUGGUGGCGUGUGAACCCAGUUGCCUGGUGUUGGAAAGCGACUUCCUGCUGAGUGGAGAGCUGGAGUUUGGAGAUGCAGAGAUCAUGGGUCUGGACAGAGAAGCCGGUAUGACUGUUUUCUCUCUGAGCGUGGAGGAAGACGAAGAACCCUCCACGUUUCCAGCUUUCCUCUCGUGUAAAGGAUGUGGUCAACUGCUGGGAGACACUCCUCUGGGAGCAGGACUCGAUCUGGGUGUGGGUCUGGACCUGGGGGCGGAGCUCUACUGUCUCAGCUGUGAGGAAGGCGUCCAGCUCGCGGCCUCUCAGGUGGAAGGUUCGACUCCGUCGGACACUUCCAUCAGCAGCGCCUGCGACAGGAAGCAGGAAGACCCCCCGGCGAAGCUUCACUCGUGCUCUCUGUGCACCUUCACCUCGCGUUACUCCAACCACCUCAAACGCCACAUGAGGAUCCACAACGGCCUGAAGCCGUACCUCUGCCCCGUCUGCCCGUACGCCUCCGCCCAGCUCGUCAACCUGCAGCGCCACGCGCGCACGCACACCGGGGAGAAGCCGUACCGCUGCCCGCAGUGCAGCUACGCCUGCAGCUCCCUGGGCAACCUGCGGAGGCACCAGCGCAUGCACACGCAGGAGAGACCGCAGCGGAGGGACAAGGAGAAGAGACGAGGACGACAGAAGAAAAACCACGCUGAUGCUGAAGAAGUGGUGUCAGACCUGACUCUGAGAGUCUCUCAGGACUCUGGUUACCUGCACACGUUGGGAGGCCUGGGCUCUCCCUCCGCCCCCCUCCCCGUCCUCCUCUUCCCCCUGUGCUGCCGACUGUGUGGCCUCACGCUGGAGGAGGCCGACCUGGAGGGAGACAAGACUGAGGGGGAGGACGAGGAGGACGGGGACGCACAACAGCUGUGUCGUCGUUGCUCGUUGGACCUGCCGUCUAAAGACCCGUCUGCGCCCCCUUGUGGCGCCACCUUGCCUCGUGGAUCCCGGCGUGGUCGGCGAGGGACCAAAGUGUACCGCUGUCCCCACUGUCCCUUCCUGUCCCACUACCCCAACCACCUGGCGCGCCACGCCCACACCCACUCUGAGGAGAAGCCCCACAGCUGCCCUCACUGCCCUUACACGUCCUCCCACCUGGACAACCUCAAGAGACACCUGCGCGUGCACACGGGCGAGAAGCCGUACCAGUGUCCGUCCUGCAGCUACGCCUGCGGGAACCUGGCCAACCUGCGGCGCCACGAGCGCAUCCACUCGGGCGCCAAGCCGUUCCACUGCGGCGUGUGCGGCUACUCCUGCAACCAGAGCAUGAACCUGAAGAGGCACAUGCUGCGGCACACGGGCGAGAAGCCGUACGCCUGCGCCGAGUGCAGCUACACCACGGGACACUGGGACAACUACAAACGCCACCAGAGGAAGCACGGACACAACACGGACAACUGGGACAAACACGCGCCUGACACCGGCUUCAGCUGGAGCGGAGACGCCCAGGACGCCCAGGACGCCCAGGACACCCAGGACACGCAGCAGCAGCAGCAGCACACCUAGUGUGUGUGUGUGUGUGCGUGUGUGUGGGGAUUAAGGCACACGCGUCAGAUUAACACCUGGAUUAUCUUCAUUUCUUAAACACUUGUGAUGACAUUAGCACAUUAUUCAGUCAAUGCAGUGUCCUCAGGAGAGCAGCUGCACAAACCUGUGUGUGUUCUUGUAUGUGUUGCCUCUUUAGGACCUCCUUCUGUCAUAAACACUGACCUUGUCAGGACCAGUAGUCCUCAUGGAGACCAAAACCUGGUCCAAAACUAGUUCUGGUUAGUUAUUAACUGGUUCUGGUUAGUUGUGUGUGUGUGUGUGUGUGUGUGUGUGUGUGUGUGUGUGUGUGUGUGUGUGUGUCUCAGGUAGAAUCUCAGGUGCCUUUAAUGAACUGCACUGACUUAAUCCACAGAGGCAUUAACAUACGUAUGGAUUAGACACCAGAUUAUUCCCGAUAAUUUUUAUCGAGUGUUGCGAUAAACGUCGCCCAGAGGUGAGCUGUCGUUAUCGGGAUAAUCGCGAACGGAGAAAACGGUUCAUAUUUCACACAAGUGACAAAGAGAAUGCUGAAUCACUCACACUCCAAACACAGUCCUAGUGAUUUAUUACUGUUUUAUUUAAGUGCCACAAGGGGGAGCUGCAUCUUUUGCAGUCAUAUAUCGUUUUCUAUCUUCUGAUUAAAGCUCCGCCCCCAUAAGAAUGGAAGUAAUAUUAUUGUUUUAUAAUGUUAGUUUUUUUUAACAUAACAUUUUUUCCGACAAGGCUAGUAAUGUUUUUUUUUGUUUUUUCUACGUUAGUCGCAUUAGUUCGUCGUUAUGGACGUCGCGUAUUUGUGCACAAAAUACUUGCACCCGAUAGAUCCCACCCCUAUGAUUAAAGCUCCACCCCCGAAAACACUGGAAGUCACGUAAAGUUGUAGCACUAGCAACGUUUUUGUGACAUUUUUUCUGUAAUUUGUUUUUUUAUUUUUUUAACAUUACUCUAUUUUUUUUUUUUUUUUUUUUUAUUUACAGAAAAAUGUGAAGGCGAAGCACAGACAGUAGGCUCCGCCCACUUCUACUAAGAAUGUUUAGUUCCCGGCCAAAAUAUAAGUGCCAGUAACUGUAAAGUGCAUUUUAGAGCUAUUUUAUUUAAAAAAUGUUCUUUCAAUUAUCGCAACGAUGUUUGAUCGUUAUAUUUGCGAUGUUUUGUUUUGGUCGGGGUAAUCGUGACUGUAAAUGUUCGUAACGUGCAAAUGUUCACCGGGCUGAAAUCGUCGAUAAUCUAUGUUUAGUUCAGACAGCAGGGGGCGUCCUGUGUUUAAAAACAACUAAAGGAUUUUAUUAAAAAUAGAUAAAACUUUAAAGGUAUAGUUCAGAAUAUUUUUUGAUGUGUGGAUUUAUGUGUGACCUUUAUUCUUAAUCGGCUCAUGUCGCCCCCUGGUGGUCUGUUUUUGUCUUAGAACAAGAAUUGAAAUACUUUUAUAUCGAGAUGAGUAACAUUUGCGACAGAAUUUUGUUGCUGUUUUCAUCUCAAGAUUUAGUGAAAAUGACUUUUCAGGGAAGUUUGAGUGAAAUUUAAAUUUAUUUGACCAAAAACAAACAUUUUACUCUAUUUUUUUUUAUUACUUUUGUUUUCUUCUUCUUAAAAACAAACAAACUCAGGCUUUAAGUAAAGAAAUGUAAAUAUGAAAACUGUGAAUUUUUCCUUCUUGUUGACGUUGUUUUUGUUUAGUUUGGAUUAUUUUAACACCUGGUUUGUCGUUGGUGGAUGAAAUUCUGGCACUUUUCUGGAAAAUAAAUCUGAAAAAGAUAAACGUCAA